AUGGCGCGCGCCGGCGCUCUCUGCCUAGCUCUGCUCUGCCUCAUGGCCGCGCACUCAGCCGUUGCGCAGAAAUCCAGCACCCCGGCCCCGGCCGCCGCGCCGGCCGCCACCACCCCGCCAGCGACCCCGACCAAGAAGACGCCCGCACCAGCCGCCGCGCCACCCACCACCCCCGCCACCGUGGCCCCGGCCGCCGCGCCGCCCACCACCACCCCGGCCACCCCGGCGCCCGCCGCGACCCCGCCCGCCACCCUGGCUCCCGCCGCGGCGCCGCCCAAGUCCACCCCGAAGGCGUCCCCUCCCGCCCCGGCGCCCAAGGCCAAGGCCAAGGCCACCCCGCCCGCCGCCUCCCCGCCGGUGGCCGAGCUGCCCCCCGCCGCCUCGCCCCCCGCGCCCGCCCCCGCCUCCCCGCCCACCAAGCCCGCCGAGGUCCCCGCGCCCGCGCCGUCCAAGAAGAAGAAGAAGCCCUCCUCGAACUCCAAGAACAAGAAGAAGAAGUCCAAGGCCCCCGCCCCCGCCCCCGUCGCCGAGGCACCCGCCAGCACCAAGAAAUCCAAGGCUAAGGCGCCUUCGGCCAGCGAGGCCGACGCACCCGGCCCGGUCGGCGAUGGCGCCGCCGCCGACACCGCGGCUGCUGGAAGGACCGUGGCAGGCGGAAUCAUGGCGGCCGCGCUGGGCCUCGUGGCCCUACUCGCCUAG